ACAAUCAUUCCAGUAGUUGUUGAAAUUUCAAAAUGUUGAAGUUUACCAUUGUUUGGGUGGCAAUUUUCGGUGCAGUGCUUGCUGCGCCUCAACAGCAGAGAAGCCAGUUUGAAGAUCCCAACGGUAUUACCGUGCUGCGGCAAAAUGCCAUCAACAACAACGAAGCAGGCUACCAGUUCACGUAUGAGCAAAGUAACAAGCAAAUCUUCUCGGAACUCGGCACUCCGAAGGAUACCAACGGCGGUGCACGGAUUCUGGCGGUGGAAGGAGCUUACAGUUUCGUCGGUCCGGAUGGACAGACCCACUGGGUGACCUAUCGGGCGGACGAGAACGGAUUCCUACCAAAAACGGGAACUGGUGCAUCCGGUGGAAUUCAGCCGGGACAGGAUGCUCCUGUGCGAACCUAACGGGUGGCAGUAGUGAAUGGUUCGAUGGAUCGUUUGGAAUUACUAGAGGAGUUGUGGUGUUCAUAUUAUUUUUGUUUAACAAAGCAAAAUUGAGCAGAUUGUACAACAAUACUUCAGUUCUUAAGGUGAUGAUAAAUAAAAUAUUACCACACAAGUAGAACAAAAACUUUCAAACGUGCAAUUCGUAAAA